AUGAUGUCAGCCGGUCCCCAUCACUCAGUGCCCAUGACGCAGGCCCAGAUCCAUCAGCAGCAGCAGCAGCAGCAGGCCGCUCUCCAGCUGGCCAAGCUGAGGAGUCGCAAGCCCACCGACAAGUCGCUCCCCGAGGGCGUCGAGGAAACGCUCGUCGGCGACGGCGAUGUGGCCCUGGCCUACAAGAACCUCCGCGACUUUGAGCGCCGCCUCGAUGCUACCAUGACGCGCAAGAGACUGGACAUCGUUGACUCGGUGAGCCGAAACGCAAAGCGGUAUAAGACACUGCGCGUCUGGAUCAGCAACACCGUCGAGGACCAAUUCUGGCAAAUCAACAGCAUCAAUGCCGACACGUUUGACUUCUCGGCUAACAACGAAUCGUCAUAUCGCGUCAAGAUCGAGGGCCGCCUGCUCGAUGACGAAGACGACACGGACAAGGACGAAGACGAGGCCAAGGCGGGCAACGACACGGAUGGCGACAAGAUGGAGACAGAUAGUCCAAGCCUACCCAAGGUCAAGCCUGUCUCGGCCAAACCGGGCCAGCGCUACCGCUUCUCCCACUUCUUCAAGGCCCUGACGGUUGACUUUGACCGUCCAAAGUCGGGACGUCCCAGCGCAGACACGAGCGUUGAGUGGAAGAAGCCCGACCGGACGCCGCCAGGGUCUAACCUACCCGCCGCGGCCGACUUUGACGAGCUCACCUUCAAGAGGAAUGGGGACGAGAAUGCUAACAUCACCAUCAACCUUUACCGCCACGAAGACCCCGAGCGCUUCGAACUCAGCCCCGAGCUUGCCGAGAUUAUCGACAUGAACGAAGCCACGCGCCAGGAAGCCGUCAUGGGGCUGUGGGAAUACAUCAAGCUCAUGAAGCUGCAGGAGGACGAGGAGAAGAGGAACUUUAGAUGCGACGAGCUCUUGAAGAGGGUGGUUCAACGAGAUUCCGGCUUUAUUCCGGCGCUCAACGACUACAUUGCGCCGCACCUGAAGACGCUCCCACCGGUCAGGCUGGCGUACACGAUCCGGGUGGACGAGGAGUUCCACAAGGACCCCAACCCGACCAUCUACGACAUCCGCGUGGCCGUCGACGACCCGCUGCGGGCCAAGCUGGUGCCCUUCAUCCACAACCCGCAGUACGCAUCCAUGCUCAAGGACGUGGCACUGCUCGACGACCAGCUGGCGACGCUGGUGCAGGCCGUCGCCCAGUCCAAGGCCAAGCACGCCUUCCUAGCCUCGCUGACCCAAGACCCCGUCAACUUUGUCCGCAAUUGGCUCAGCUCCCAGAAGCGCGACCUCGAGGUCAUCAUGGGCGAGGCCCCCCGCGGCGGCGGCGAGGACGCCACCGGCGACGAGUGGCGCAAGGGCGGCCGCGAGAGUGUCUGGAACACGACUAAUGCCCGCGAGAGCGUUAACGUCCUGCUGUCCAAGCACCCCAUGCACCGGUGA